GGUGCCCACCACAAACCACACGUCCUGCAUCCUUCUGAACAUUUUGUUCACAUCGAUAUUUAGAGGCGUGGGAAGGUGCACAGAGAACGCCUGCACGAUGAUGGAAGAUUAGAGUUAACUUGCUGACAAGCAUAAAUUACUGAAGAUGAUUUGAGGGAGGAAGAACCUUUCUGGAUUCCUCUCAGGAUGGGGGCCAACAACUCCAGCCUGGUUGAUGAAGCACAGCCCCUGUUCAUUCUUCCUCUGGCAUUGGUCAUCUUCCUCACAGUGGUUGGGAACCUGCUGGUCAUCUUGGCUAUUGUUCGCACCCCUCUGCUCCACACCACCACCAAUGUCUUCAUCAUCUCCCUGGCCUUUGCGGAUCUCAUCAUGGGUUGUGUGGUCCAGCCUUUGGGCGCCAGCGUGGUGGUGAGUGGGAAAUGGCUUUUAGGGGACAAGUUAUGUGACUUGUGGACGUCCGUGGACGUGCUUUGUGUCACGGCUAGCAUAGACACAUUGUGUGUCAUCGCCGUUGAGCGCUAUUUCGUGGUCACAAGACCUUUUGGGCAUCAGGGCCUCCUUGGUAAGCGCAGAGCUGGCUAUAUCGUCUGCACGGUGUGGAUAGUGGCAUCCCUAGUUUCCUUCGUGCCAAUCAUGAACCAUUUUUCCCGUGCAGAAUAUGAUGCGGCAAAGAAUUGUUAUAAUAAAUCAGAAUGCUGUGAUUUCCAUACUAACAAGCCCUACACCAUCUUCUCCUCAGGGGUGUCCUUCUAUGUGCCCCUCGUUAUUAUGGUGUUUGUGUAUGGGAAGGUGUUCGUCAUCGCGACCAGACAGUUGAAACUCAUCGUCAAGAACAGACUCCGUUUUCUGAACACAUGCACAGAAGACUCUUGUGGAAGUCCGGGUGAAACGGUGCGUAAUUUACGCCGGAGGUCAACGAGGCAUGUUGUAAAAGAACACAAGGCGGUCAAAACGCUGGGGAUUAUUAUGGGCACCUUCAUUCUCUGUUGGCUGCCGUUCUUUUUCUUCCAAAUCAUCAAAGUUUUUAAUCCCGAGGUGCUGUCGAAGGAAGUGUUCCUCCUGUUGAACUGGCUCGGUUACACCAAUUCAGGCCUGAACCCAAUCAUCUACUGCCACAGUCCCGAGUACCGCACCGCAUUCCUCAAUCUUCUAGGAUACAAAAAACUCAAGCGGUUGCAUUACGGCACAGUGCACAAACAUCUAUGGACCCUCAGCUCGUGCAUCCAAAGCAACGGUUCUGUAAAUAUGGAUUGCUUAGGUCACGAAGCUCCAUCUGCCAAGGGUGGGAACAUUUGCUCAGACAUGUGUACAGUUUUCAAAGAAGAAGAGGUGGAAACUCAGCCUCACAAUGACUCAAACGCGGCACAGAUCAAUGUAGCAGAGAUGUCAAAGGGCCACUGAAGAUGGGAAACAGAUCCUUUGCUUUUCAAGAGAAUUAACUGUUCCCGAACGUCAUGCUUUUCAACUGGACCUUGAUUGUUUUACAUUUAAACCAUGUGCACAGGCAAAACAGCCAAAACCUUAGGUAAAGAGCAGCAAAGCGGAAAAAUGAUAUCGAGAACAAACCGUGACAUAAAAAUGAUCACGCGGUGACAGUUUUUUAAACUUUAAACAGAAUGAAACUGGAAACUGAAGUCCUAAACUGUCAUCUCUUUAACUCACAAAUCAUCAAAAACAAACCUGGGUAGAUGCUUUUUUCCAUGUUUCCAGUUCUCUUGCCCAUUGGAUGGAAAUAUUAUCAGAAAAAUAA